UAAUUCAAGAUAGAAAAGUUCCUUGGGACUUCAACGGGGAGAAAUCCAUCACCAAACAUGUUUUCCGAAACCCAGAAUUUCAUGUCCAAUGUGAUAUUUUUUUAAGCCGAGGCAAUCGAGAAAAAAAUGGAGACCAAAAUGGAAGCCGCGAGUAAACAAGGCAAGGAAUACCAGCCACCUGAGGACCCUGUGGCUACUUUCAUGAAGGAGUAUCCGAAAAUGAUACGCACUUCCCUUCCCAACACUCUGGACACACUCAAAGACGCUCGCACUAACACAAAACUAGCUUCAUUGUCCGACGAAGCUCACGAUGCUGUUAGUUCAAUGAUGAAGGCCGUCACUUGCCUCCGAAAUCUCACAGCUUUGAUGAACGAGCACACGAAAUUCGUAUCUUCAGCACUUUUGAAAUUUCACCGCUUGGAAACCAUUCCCACGAAAUUCGUUCGGGCAUUAAGAGUGACCGCGAAUGAUGCUCAAAACGCGUUUCGCGAAUGCGACACAUUCGCUGACCGCUUUGAAUCCGAAAAAGUUGCGGAGAUUCUAGAGGAUUACAAGCAAAGCACGAGACAACUGGAUGAAGAGACGACCACGCAAUACGUGAAAGAACUUCUCGACGCCAUGAAGCAGGAGUUUGAUAUCAAAGAAGCCUUGGGGAAAUUGCCGCAGAAGUCGGACCUCUACAAGAAUUUCCGCGGAGAAGGCGCAAACCAGCUCACGAAUACUGCAGAAGGGUCACAAUACAUUAAAACAGUCAUGAAGGCUCUUGUCAUGACCAUGCAGAAGCAAUCUGAAUUCCCAACUGAUCAGGACUUGCUUGUGGCCGUGUCGGAGAAGAUUUUCCUAGCAGAACAAGCACUGGCUAUUGAGUACACUUCCGUCACGAUGAAGGAACUACGCAAAAUCAUGGUACACCUCCACGAGAUUUUGAAUGAUCGACUGAACGACGAGAUGAUGGAUUUACUGAAGCAGUUUUCUGAUGCCGCAGAGGUAAUUCAGGUUCACCACUUCAUAAAACGACCAUUCGACUGA